AUGACAUCAGGCGCAAUCUCGAGCAGUGCGAUCUCUGCAAGUGCCUAUGCAUUAGAUCCCCUAAUACCCACAGGUCUCGCGGCUGGUGUCGAGGCCACCUCCAUUUUUCUUUGCAUACUUACUACAAUCGUCGUUGGUCUUCGGAUAUGGGUACGAGCUGGCUAUUCGGACGCGCAGACCAGAGUCUGGGGAAUCGACGACUACCUUCUUGUGAUUGGUUUCCUUCCGUUCCUACCCUCGAUCAUCUUUAGUGUAUAUGCAACACACUAUGGAGUUGGCCUCCACGAUUCCGAUAUACCGUCACCGUACUAUGCCAUACGCGCCGCGGAGUACAUUAUAUUCUGGGAACUGAACUAUUUCAUCUCUUCAACCAUUGUGAAAUGCGCUAUUGGUUUCGCCUGUAUUCGCAUAGACCAGCGUCGGCGUAUCAGGGUCCCCAUUUUGGUCAACAUGCUCGUCAUGGUGACGACGGCAAUCUUGGCCCUGAUAUUUGUCUUCGCCAAUUGCAAGCCCUUAGCCGCCACCUGGAACCCGUACCUGGGCACAUGUCAAAAGGUGAUUACUCUGGAGACCGUUAGCUAUAUCGUAUCUUCGAUACAAAUGGCCACAGACUGGACUUGCGCAGGUGUGCCGUGGUUCAUCGUGGCAAAACUGCAGAUGUCUCGCCGGAAGAAAAUCUCCGUCAUGAUGAUAUUAGGUCUGGGUGUCCUAGCCAGCAUUGCGACUUGUGUUCGAAUGCCAUAUUUAAAAUAUUACGACACUAAUUUAUAUCCAAACGAGUUCUUGUAUCAUGUCGGUCCGAUCAUGAUAUGCUCGAAUAUCGAAUGCAGUCUUGGCAUCAUGGCCUGCUCUUUACCACCACUGAGGAAGCUCUUUAAGCAUUAUUAUGGAUCCUCCCAUAUACCGACGUCGAACAAUAGUCAAAGCGGCGGUUAUGGAGCUAAGUUGGACUCUCUUACCCCUCAUGGUCAUAAGUACAGAGCUACGGCCCGGGCUCGAGGGCGGACGGCGAAUGCUGAAUGGGAUAGCUUAGACGACGAUAACUCGAGCCGGAAAGGUAUUAUGCGCAGAAUGGAUGUCACUAUAACUACAAUAGAAUAAGGAACGUCUGUGUCAGGCUAAACAAGAGGCUUAUGAUAUGCUGCAAGACUUUGAUUCAUAUGAAGACGGUUAAGCGAUCCUGGAAACAAGGAGGUUUAAAUGUCACGUGUGUGAUUUAUCGAUUCAUAUAAGAUGAUAUUCAGUAGCCAAC